GGGACACGGGCUGCACAGGCAUGGCUUGAUGUCUCCAUUAGGUGGCCACAAUGGUGCGGGAGCGGAAAUGCAUCUUGUGCCACAUUGUAUACACCACCAAAAAGGAAAUGGAUGGGCACAUGCGCAGUAUGCUUCAUCACAGGGAACUGGAGAGCUUAAGGGGAAGAGACUGCAGCCACGAGUGCCGGGUAUGCAGAGUGACGGUGGUGGGCCUCUCAACAUACGCUAAACACAUCUCAAGCCAGCUGCACAAAGAUAAUGUUGAUGCCCAGGAGAAAGAAGAAGAAAAAGAUGAAGACGAAGAAGAAUACUUUGACAAAGAACUUGUCCAGUUAAUUAACCAAAGGAGAGAACAAAACCGACCCGAUGAUACCUGCUGUACAUCCAAAGAACAAGAAAAAGACAGAUACCAGAGGAGAAGAGAAGACCAUCUUUUGUUUAAGGAAGGGGGGGCCCAGGAUUGGCACUGUGAUCCGUCGAAGAGGGGCUGGCAGUGGCAAAGUGAAGGCUUCACCAAUUCUAGGCAGUGUAAUUACCAGCAUCCUGCACUAAACGUAAACCAUAGGCAUCUUCCUGAUUCUAGAGGACGACCUGGCUGGCAUUUAAACGGUCCAUCAAACCGUCAUCAGAACCAUGGCAGCGGCUCAUGGCACUCAAAUACAGGAGGCCCUACUAGUUGGCACCAUAGAGGCACAGGUAGGAACUUUCAUUGGCACCAUGAUGGAAAUAGUAGUUUUCCUGUCCUGCCCCCUAGAAACUGUGUAGGAAACUGGCAGCCAAAUCCAUACAAAGGUAAACCGUGGAAUUUUGGUGGCAAUGUCGAUACAUUUCCACAAGGAAGAAACCGAAAUCUAAGGCAUUGUGAUUCAACACAAGAAAAAGAUCCAGGGUGGAAUAAGACAAAUUGUAAUACGUUCAGUAAAGAGAGAUUCACCUGGAAAAAAACAGAAAACAGCAGCAGUAAUCGUAAAAUGUUAUUAAAUUCAGAUACAAGCUCAAGAAAGCACGAGGAACUUUCCAGUGAUACACUUCCACAAGAAAAUGUUUUUGAGUCAGAGUUAUUGGAAAAACACAGUAUUACUUCCACAGUGAAACCAUUAGUUUGCCCAGGCAAAGCCAAUAACUGUUCGAAAGAUAAACCAUACAGAUGGACUCCAUACCCAUCACAAAAGGGCGUGGAAAUGCAACAAACUCUAGAAAACGAUUUACUUUCUGAAAUUACAGAAUUAAGCAACAAUGAACCAAAAAAAGACCAAAUAGAAAACGUGGACAGGGUAAAUACUAUAGAAGAUCAAGUUAUGCCUGAUAUUUGUGAUAAACCUGAGGAAGAUAAGGCUGAGCAAUGUGAGCCCAAGAGCCCUAGAAUGCCUUCCGUAAAAUCACCAGUUUUCAAUGUACCUGAUGCAAAAUCUUCCACCUCUAAGAGAGAUCAAAGAAAUCCUUUAAAAGGUGUAAAACUGCAGUUCACUUCUUCUUUUGGGGAGAGACAAAACCGAUUGAGUGCUCUAAAUUUAGAAACUGCUCGGUCCAAUUCUUACAUCUCUAAGUUACGCAGUGCUUCUCGAAAUACAACAAAAAUUAUCCAAGAACCACAAGUAAGCGACCAAAAGGAACCUGUUGAAACCCUCGGGGAUGUGCUCCGUAAAGCAAAGGAAAUGCUGCAAAAUAGUCAAUCCAUUCAGAACCCUUACUUUUCAUUUAUGAAGGAUGCAUCCGUCGGUCCAGACACCCUAACACCUGAAGUAUCAAACAUUGUAAAAGAUGAAAAACAACCCAUAGAAGAUCCAUUAGAAUCAGGUGAAGAUCACCCAGCUGACAGUGGAGCACAGGUGGAUAAUGUGUUACAAUCAAAAUGCACCUCCCCGUUGCUUAGAAAUUGUCAUUUAUCCGAAGAUAAUCCUGGAAGUAUUGAAACAUAUCCAGAAAAAAAUUCUACCAACACAGAUCAUGAUAUGUUACCAAUGCAACAUACAUGCAAAAGUUUUAGUCCACAAACAAAUACGGAGGCUCUUUAUGAUGGCAGUGAGACCGCUCAUCAAUGUCAAGAUGAUCAUGAAUCUGAAAAUCUUGCAAAUGUUUCAGACUUUGAACUACAAAAAGGUGUAAAUCAUUCAUCCAGUCCAAUUUUACCUGAAUUAAGCAAGCUAGGACUUCCUGCUUCCCUCCAAAGAGAUCUGACCAGGCAUAUUAGUUCACGAAGCAAAACUGGAACACAUCUUCCAGAACCUAACCUAAAUAGCGCCCGGCGCAUUCGAAAUGUUAGCGGCCAUCGAAAGAGUGAAACGGACAAGGAUUCGGGGCUCAAACCAACUCUGAAGCAGAUUCUGAAUGCGUCGCGUAGAAAUAUAAACUGGGAACAGGUCAUCCAACAUGUGACCAAGAAGAAACAGGAGUUGGGCAAGGGUUUGCCAAGGUUUGGUAUAGAAAUGGUGGCACAGGUUCAAAGUGAACAAGAAGGUCUUGACUUUGAUGAAGAAACAGACUUGGGAAUUGAAAGCUUCCAUUGGGAAGGCACAGUCACAGGUCUUCUGUCAGCACGGAAGCGGAGUCUUUCUGAAAGCAGUGUGGUGGUGGACAAGGUCUCUGUGUAUGAUAUCUUCGAUGACCAUGGCCAUGAGACGCAUGAUGAACGUAUUCCACCAAGCCCAUCAGCAUCUGGACAAAAUGUGAACUCGUUGAUGUUACCAGCAAAACAGAAAUCUGAUCGAGCUUCCAUAACAUCUCCUGCACUCAAUGCUGCCGCUAUGUUUGACCUUCCAUUAGCUGAAACAUCUCAAAGUCAAAAGGAAGAUGUGCAAAACUGCACAACAGACAGUCCAAGCAUGUUCCAAAGCAUUAGCGAGGAUGUGAAUUUCAGCGCAGCCCAAAGUUUUAGAGUCAGCACCCCUGUCGAUGUUGGUACUGAUAGCUGUACUUCUGGAACUGAACAGUACGACGGACAAGGGACUGGAAAAAAAAGAAGGGCAACAGGAGAUUGUUCUUGUCCUGAAAUACCAAGCUUAGAAAGAAACAGCAAAAGAAGAAAGAUACGUGCAAGAAAGGAGCGCUCUCAGGUGGACCAGCUUCUAUCGAUCUCGUUAAGAGAGGAGGAACUUAAUAAUUCCUUGCUUGCCAUGGAUAAUAACCUUCUUCAAGCCCGUGCUGCACUUCAAGCUGCCUAUAUGGAGGUUCAGCACCUACUUGUUCAAAAGCAACAGAUAACAAUGGAAAUGAGUACAUUGAGAACACAGAGAAUACAGAUUUUACAGGGCCUUCAAGGGACCUAUGAACCAGCCAGCGAUAUCACAGAAGAAACCAACACUAGUUUGCCACAAGCACCUGUUGUGCCACCUGGGAAUGUUUUUUCCUUUUUCCUGGAGACUCCACAUUAUUUGUCAUCUAACGCACCAGCAGCAAGUACCGCCCUACAGACUCCAGCACGGAUAUGCACCCCGCCUUCAUUCAAGUCGGCACCUGCUGUUCCGGAUUCAUCUGUAGCAAUCAAGCAAGAGCGGUGUACACCCGAGAUGAGAGAGGAAAACAUGGUCACAUCACCUGUCCAGGCGGUGACGUCUCCUGUGGCCAAUGGUGAGGCUGAACAGACUACAUCUGUGUAUCCCAUCAUUACAGCUACGAUGUCCCUUUCAGAGCUGACUAGCGGAUUUCCGCCGUUAAAUCGAGAGGAAUCUGUUGAUAGGCCUAGUAAUUCAGAUGUUCAAUCCCUAUCACAGAUCCAUUCAACAGACAACGUAAAGCAAAAUCAUAGCAGCUCUGAGGUUGAGGUCGUCUCACUUCAAGACCAUAUGCAUAACGAAACUGUAGCUUUUGUUAUGUCUUCACAAGAAGCAAAUAACUCUUUAGCUAGUCCACCAGCAGAGCAACAAGCAGAGUCAACUCUUCAAAUUAUUGAAACAAAAAUAGGAAAGAAGAAAAAAAAAUUAAGGAAAAAAAAGACCUUAAGAGCUGCUCAUGUUCCCGACAAUAGUGACACAGAACAAGACACCUGUUCCUUGAAACCAUUAAGGAAAGUUCGAGGUCGCAGAUAUUCUAAGGAAGCCACAGUUAGCACUUCCACUCUAGAACAGGACCAUGAAGUCACGGUUCAAGACGCAGAGACAAACAAAGGGUAUAAUGACAGUGAUUCUGAGGUGGAACUGGUGGAAAUUCCUACUCAGCAGUUUGAGGUGGUAACUAUAGACUCUCAUUUUGAAGAUGACAAACCAGACAGCCCAUCCAAAAUGAAUAUUGUGAACUCAAGCAAAGGCCAUUCAGAGGUAUAUGAUGAAGUAACAUCCACCAGUGAACUUUGCACAGGCUACAUGGACGAAAGUAUGCAAAACAUCGUUAAUAUCCAGGGAGCAUCACUGCAGUCAAAGAAUUCUUCAGAAGUAUCCUCUGAACAUGGAGAUGAUGAGGAACCCACAGAGGGAUGUUUUGAAGGACACAGCGCUUCUGUCAAUGCCAUCCAGAUAUUUUCUGGCUUGCUAUACACCUGCUCUGCAGACAAAACUGUCCAUGCCUACAAUAUUGUGACCCGGCAAUGUGUGGGCGUCUUUGAAGGGCACACAUCAAAAGUAAAUUGUCUCCUUGUAACUCAUACGCAUGGGAAGUCUUCAAUGCUUUUUACUGGAUCUAGUGACCACACCGUACGAUGUUAUUCUGUCAAGACCCAGGAGUUUGUUGAGCAGCUGAAUCUUGGCGAAAGAGUCCUGUGUCUACAUGCACGCUGGAAAAUCCUUUACGCAGGGCUUGCCAACGGGACAGUGGUCACGUUUUCCCUUAAGAACAACAAGCAGCUUGACGUGUUUGAGUGUCAUGGUCCUCGGGCAGUUAGCUCUUUGGCAACAGCACAAGAGGGCUCUCGAAGACUGCUUCUUGUAGGAUCCUAUGAUUGUACCAUCAGUGUCCGGGAUGCUCGGAAUGGUCUUCUGCUUCGUACACUGGAAGGACAUACCAAAACUGUUCUCUGUAUGAAGGUUGUCAAUGAUCUCGUGUUCAGUGGAUCCAGCGAUCAGUCAGUCCAUGCUCACAAUAUCCAUACUGGAGAAUUAAUAAGAAUUUACAAAGGUCACAACCAUGCAGUUACAGUGGUUAAUAUCUUGGGGAAAGUCAUGGUGACAGCCUGUUUGGAUAAAUUUGUUCGUGUUUAUGAACUGCAGUCUCACGAUCGUUUGCAAGUAUAUGGUGGACACUCAGAUAUGAUCAUGUGUAUGGCAAUUCACAAAAGCAUGAUCUAUACUGGUUGUUACGAUGGCACUGUUCAAGCUGUGCGUCUGAACCUAAUGCAGAAUUACCGCUGCUGGUGGCAUGGAUGCACACUUAUUUUUGGGGUUUCCGAGCACCUCAAGCAACAUCUGCUCACUGAUCACACCAACCCAAAUUUCCAGACACUGAAAUGCAGAUGGAAAAACUGUGAUGCUUUUUUCACAGCUCGAAGGGGCUCCAAACAGGAUGCCGUGGGACAUAUAGAACGACAUGCAGACGAAGACAGCCGAUUGAACAUGUAACCAUCAAGCACAUCGCCUCCCAUAUUGGGAAGUUUAUUUUUACACAAACAUGAAGAGCUAUUUUAGGCGUCUAGACGUCUUUCGAUUUCUGCGCAUAACAUUCUCGCAAACAUGAAAAGUGUGACACUCCAAAACGUUACAACUUUCAAAUCACAGCACAAAAGCCACAGCUUGAAAACUUGAGCCAACUGGUAGUUUGUUUUUAUUAAUAAUAAUAAUAUAAUUUUUUGUAAGUAUUGAGAAACCAACAUUGUUAAAUAUGGAAAAAAUUAUAUAUAUAUUUCCCCAUUCUAACGAUUAUCUGAAUUCCUUAGGUUCUAAUAUUUUUUUUUCAUGGGCACAGCAUGAAAAGAUAAAAACAAAACAAAAAGAUAAUUUUCUGUCUGAGCUUUGGUUUCCAAUGCAAAGUUUAAAACAAACUCUUUUAUACUGGGUAAGUUGGACCUUUAUAUAUUUUCAUUACUUUUAAUCUCUUAAAAAUGUUAUUAAAAAACAAACAAAAACAAGACAACGAUUUUAUAUCAUUGAAUUUGUAUAGCUGUAUUCUAACCGUACCCCAUCACCUGCAGAUUUACUUUUAGUAACAUUUUCAAUUCAAUGGUUUCAGUUUUUCCAGUUCUAAACAAGUGAAUCGACUCCGUAACACAUCAAAUACAACACAAGUAGCAGCGGUUCCUAAGCUUUUACCCCUUUACCAUCUGCUCGUGCAGUUAUUAUUCCCAGGUUCACUAUGAUAGCUUCCAUCAAACUGUUCAUUUCCAGUUUCAUGUUAAUUCAUUAUUUCCACUUUAAGAGAAAAAAAAAUAAUAAAUUUUGACACUAGUAUUGAACCCUAACAAGUGCACGGCUGUAGCUUUGUGUUUUGAAGUGAAAAAAAAUACUUCGUUUUUUUUUUAACAGUGCCUUUUUUAUUUUUUUUUAAUUGACACUUUUUCAGAUACAAAUUCCAAACUUUCUGGAUUAUUGUAAAUAAAAUUUGAAAUAGCUGGCAAA